AUGAAGUCUACCAAUAGCAGCCGGAGUUGGAGCCUCCUCGUACUACAGAGCCACAGUGUAGGCUCUUGCGCACAUCGCAUACUGUUGGAACACGAGAGGACAGAGCGAAGCGGCUUCCCCCUGCCUUGGAGAACUCAGACACACAAGGGAGGCUCUGAUACGGCGUCGACUGUAAAGAUAGUACGGACUCUGGCUAAUUCCUUUAGGUGGCAUUAGACCCCUGUACAGCGCUACCAGGGGGAGCUUACAGUCACACUCCCGCUUGUUAAAGCCAAAUCCAGAGUGCAGUCAACGCGCGUACCUAGAAGGACAAGUGUGUUUGUUGGUAUUUAUUGUAUUCUCAAUCAGAUUACCACUUAAAACAAAUACGCAGGCUGAGGUCGAAGUCACACCAAGGGAUUAUAAUUGUUUGUAAAGCUCUUGGCUGAGCUUGCAACGUUUGCAUGCGCGUCUUGUUCCCUGAGCAGAGAGCAAAGUGCUGAUAAAUCUGUUGAACCUGGACUUAGGACCUGAGCGAGGAGCUUCCUGGUGAAGUGCACUUGACAGGAGCAGCACAAGAUAAAUCUAGGAAGACCAAAUUCGUACUUGAGCAACUAAAAGGGAACUGAAAAGCCAACGAAAAUGCCUCUGGCACAGAUCGCGGAGCCAUGGCCCACAAUGGAACUAGUGCAGCUUGAAACUGAGAAUGGCCAGAGCUCUAUUGAAGACGGAGUCACGCCUGCUGUCAAGAACGAGUCUCAUAUCACCUGGAUAGAGAAGGAGUUUGCCAGUUUUAGAGGCCAGGAUGAUGGAGAUAUCAAGGAGAUCAAUAUUACUCAUGUGGUCAAAGAGGGCUCAGAGAAGGCUGAUGCUUCUCAGUUUGAACUACUCAAGGUCCUGGGACAGGGAUCCUUUGGCAAGGUGUUCCUGGUGCGAAAGGUUACCCCUCCAGAUGCUAACCAACUCUAUGCCAUGAAGGUCCUCAAGAAGGCCACACUCAAAGUGAGAGACCGUGUCAGGACCAAGAUGGAGAGAGACAUUCUGGCAGAUGUCAGCCACCCAUUUGUUGUCAAACUGCACUAUGCAUUUCAAACUGAAGGGAAGUUGUACUUGAUCCUGGACUUCCUCCGAGGAGGAGACCUCUUCACUAGACUCUCUAAAGAGGUGAUGUUCACAGAGGAGGAUGUGAAGUUUUAUCUGGCAGAGCUGGCAUUAGGACUGGACCACCUCCACAGUCUGGGCAUCAUUUACAGAGACCUCAAACCUGAAAACAUUCUUCUGGAUGAGGUGGGACAUAUCAAACUCACAGAUUUUGGUCUGUGUAAAGAAGCCAUUGAUCAUGAGAAGAAAGCGUAUUCCUUCUGUGGUACUGUGGAGUACAUGGCACCAGAGGUCGUGAACAGGCAGGGACACAUUCACAGCGCUGACUGGUGGUCAUUUGGAGUACUAAUGUUUGAGAUGUUGACAGGAGCGCUGCCAUUUCAAGGGAAGGACCGCAAAGAAACUAUGAAUCUGAUUUUGAAGGCACGCCUGGGGAUGCCUCAGUUCCUGAGUGCAGAGGCCCAAUCUCUGCUCAGGGCUUUGUUCAAGAGGAACCCUGCCAACAGACUGGGAUCUGGUGCUGAUGGUGCAGAGGAGAUUAAACGACAUUGCUUCUUCUCCACCAUAGACUGGAAUAAACUCUUCAGGAAAGAAUUAAAGCCUCCGUUCAGACCAGCAGUGGCUCGUCCAGAUGACACUUUUUACUUCGACUCCGAGUUCACCUCCCGCACCCCUAAAGACUCCCCUGGCGUGCCCCCAAGCGCUGGAGCUCACCAGCUCUUCAGAGGCUUCAGCUUUGUUGCGACAACUAUGAUGGACGAGCAACGCUCAGUGGAGCCAAUGAAACCCCCACCACAUCCUGUGGUCCAGCAACUGCAUGGGAAGAACAUGCUGUUCAGUGAUGGCUACAUAUUAAAGGAAGACAUCGGCAUGGGCUCCUUCUCUGUCUGUAAACGAUGUGUCCACAAAACCACCAACACAGAAUAUGCUGUCAAGAUGAUUGACAAGACCAGUACAGACCCCUCUGAGGAAAUUGAGAUUCUGCUUAGAUAUGGACAGCACCCCAACAUCAUCACUCUGAAGGAUGUGUACGACAAUGGUAAGCAGGUGUUCCUGGUGACAGAAUUGAUGCGUGGAGGAGAGUUGCUGGAUCGAAUCCUCAAACAGAAGUUCUUUUCAGAGAGAGAGGCCAGCGCUGUGCUUCACACCAUCACCAAGACUGUCGAGUACCUGCACUCACAGGGGGUGGUGCACAGAGACCUGAAGCCCAGCAACAUCCUCUAUGUUGAUGAGUCGGGGAAUCCGGAGUCAAUCAGGAUCUGUGACUUUGGCUUUGCUAAGCAACUGCGUGCCAACAAUGGCCUGCUGAUGACCCCAUGCUACACUGCCAACUUUGUAGCUCCUGAGGUGCUGAAGCGUCAGGGCUAUGAUGAAGGAUGUGACAUCUGGAGUCUGGGAGUCUUACUGUACACCAUGCUGGCUGGUUUUACACCAUUUGCCAAUGGACCUGAGGACACCCCCAAUGAGAUCUUGAACAGGAUAGGCAACGGUCACUUCAGCCUGACUGGAGGCAACUGGGACACCGUGUCAGAUGCUGCCAAGGACCUUGUGUCCAAGAUGCUUCAUGUGGACCCCCAUCAGAGACUGACUGCUAAGCAGGUCCUCAGGCACCCCUGGAUUGUCCAGAGAGACAAACUCCCCAACAGUCAGCUCCCACACCAGGAUCCCAAACUGGUCAAGGGUGCAAUGGCGGCCACCUACUCUGCCCUGAAGAACUCCCAACCCACACCAGAGCUCAAGCCCAUCGAGAGCUCCUUCCUAGCCCAGAGACGUGUCAAAAAGCUUCCCUCCACCUCCCUGUAGAGACUCUAAUCAGCUCACUGGAGACUGACCAAACUGCACCUCCUGGCUCCAAACCCACCCAGUCAGCUUGCUUGGGGACUUGAAUGUCCACUUGCUACUACCAGCCAAGGAACACUGACUGUGGUCCUGCCCCCAUCUUGUGACAUCCAUUGUCCUGCUCUUGCUAUCAUCCCCUGGUUUGGUGCUCGUCAGCUGCUGAUAACCAAUCUCCGUGGACUAGCAAAAGAUGGUGAUGCUGGGUGGGGGUGAUGAGUGCAAAAAAAAAAAAAAAAAAAAAAAAAAACUGGUG